AGUCUCGCGAGCGCGCACUCUGACUUGUCACUCGAUUUGUACCGUUUCCGUGGAUCGAGGCAGGCAAGAUGAAAAGCCUCAAGCGAGGCCUUGCCGCCGACCCGAACGUCGGCAAUAUCUCCAGCAAGGUCUUCAUCCGAUCAACCAAAAGUGGCCGAGUUCAGAAAGUUGUGAGAGAACAGUACUUGAGGAAAGAUAUUCCCUGUUCGUCACAACUAUGUACCACUUGUGCUUCUACAGCCGCGCCCAAUGCCAAUGGAGUUGUCCCCAAGUUCAUCCUAUCAAAGCGGCCGACGGGCACCAAAGCCUUUGCCGGUGGCCACUACCUCGUCCCCGAUACCAAUGUCUUGCUUAGUGCAAUGGACCUGUUCGAAGAGCCUGCCCACUUCCACGACGUCAUCAUAUUGCAGACAGUUCUGGAAGAGUUGAAGAAUAGGAGUCUUCCUCUCUAUAACAGACUUAUGUCCUUGACUCAAAGCGACGACAAACGUUUCUAUCUGUUCUUCAACGAGUUCCGAUUUGAAACGGCGGUACAGCGAGCAACCGGCGAGUCAAUCAAUGACAGAAACGAUCGUUCAGUGAGGAAAGCGGCGCAAUGGUACACCGACCAUUUAUCGAAAGUGACAAAGAAGCCUCCUACGAUCGUAGUCCUCACCGAUGAUCAGGAAAAUAGAAGAAAAGCAAAGAAAGAGAGUGUAACAGCCUUGUCUCUACGGGAGUAUGUGGAAGGGUUGGAUGACGCCGAUAGGUUACUCGACAUGGUGAGCCAGGGCGCUGAGGCUCAAGAAGUCCGCGCUGUCCAGGGGCAACUCUUCUAUCCAGAAUAUUACUCCAUGUCAAGGAUGAUGACCGGAAUUAAGGCUGGAACGCUGCAUCAAGGGGUGUUCAAUGUUUCUCCCUACAACUACUUGGAAGGAACAGUCAAAGUCCCCGCAUUUGACAAGCCGUUACUAGUUCUGGGAAGGGAGAGCAGCAAUCGAUCCAUAUCUGGCGAUGUCGUUGUGGUUGAGAUCCUGCCAAAAGACCAGUGGAAAGCUCCCUCUGCGCAGAUCCUCGACGAGGAAACCGUCAACAAGAACGACAACCCGGAAGACGAGGAACAAGACGAGACCGUGGUUACGGAGAAUGAAAGACGGGCUCUGCAGGAAGAGGUUCGACGUGCACACAUUGCGGGUGCGGAGACAAAAGCCCAACCAACCUGCAAAGUCGUCGGAGUUAUCAAGCGGAACUGGAGACAACUGGUUGGAACGAUUGACGCCGCCUCUGGCAGCUCGUCUGGGAACAGACAGACUACCGUCUUUUUGGUCCCAAUGGACAAGCGCAUCCCAAAGAUUCGGAUUCGAACACGUCAAGUCGAUGAGUUGAUAGGCAAGCGGAUCCUUGCGACGAUUGAUUCAUGGGACCGAGACACCCGAUACCCAGUUGGCCACUACAUUCGCUCGCUCGGGGAACUAGAGACAAAGGAUGCUGAGACUGAAGCGUUGCUUCUUGAAUAUGACGUUCAGUAUCGACCAUUUCCAAAAACAGUCUUGGACUGUUUGCCGUCCGAGGGCCACUCGUGGAAGGUCCCGGCUGCUUCAUCGGAUCCUGGUUGGAAAGGCCGGCAGGAUCUCCGACACCUAUUUGUUUGCUCGAUCGACCCUCCUGGAUGCCAAGAUAUCGACGAUGCCCUCCAUGCAAGAAAACUUUCGAAUGGAAACUUUGAAGUGGGUGUUCAUAUUGCAGAUGUGUCUCACUUUGUCAAACCCAACAAUGCCAUGGACGAAGAGGCAUCCUCUCGAGGUACAACCGUCUACUUGGUCGACAAGAGGAUUGACAUGUUGCCCAUGUUGCUCGGGACGGACCUUUGCUCACUCAAACCUCAUGUUGAGAGAUAUGCAUUCUCUACCAUAUGGGAGAUCACACCAGAUGCCGAAGUGGUGUCAUCUUCUUUCACCAAAUCGGUGAUUUUGUCCAAGGAGGGCUUCUCAUAUGAACAAGCCCAGAAGCGCAUUGACGACCAAAGUGCAACGGAUGAGCUCACUCAAGGCAUGCGAGUUUUGUUGUCGCUCUCUCAAAAGCUUCGCCAAAAGCGGAUGGACGCCGGGGCGUUAAACCUGUCUAGCCCGGAGGUCAGAAUCGAAGCAGAUAGCGAGUCUUCGGAUUCUCUGGCCGAUGUGAAGACGAAGGCGAGUCUGGCCACCAACUCACUCGUCGAGGAAUUCAUGCUUCUUGCCAACAUCACGGUCGCUCGGCAGAUCCAGUCAGUCUUCCCUCAAACUGCUUUGCUUCGACGCCAUGCGACACCACCAGCCUCGAACUUUUCAGACCUUAGUGAGCAGUUGAAGAAGAUGCGUGGUUUUGAACUGGACACGUCAAGUUCCAAGGCACUGGCAGAUUCGCUGGAUCUUUGUGUAGAUCCUAAGCAUCCAUUUUUCAACACCUUGAUUCGAAUCAUGGCAACACGGUGUAUGACAUCCGCCGAAUACUUUUGCAGCGGCUCGCACGCAGAACCAGAAUACCGACAUUAUGGUCUCGCUAGUGAGAUCUACACCCAUUUCACCAGUCCCAUUCGCCGAUAUGCUGAUCUGCUCGUCCAUCGUCAGCUGGCCUAUGCAAUCGGAUAUGAAGGCCAGGGGAGCGAAAUCGUCGACUAUGACCUUCGAAAUAAGGGCAAACUGGAGCGAGUCUGUCAGAAUCUCAACUUCCGACACCGAAAUGCCCAACUAGCAGGCCGCGCCAGUAUUGAGUAUUACGUCGGGCAAGCGCUCAAAUCGCGGGCCGAGAAAUCUCCAGAGGCCGCCAUCGAUGUUGAUGGGUACGUGAUGCGAGUGUUCGAAAACGGCAUGGUGGUCUUCGUACCGCAGUUUGGCAUUGAAGGACUAGUUCGACUUGAGGACUUCCACCUGAAAUCCGGCGAGGCUCUCAAACGAGAGAGCAAGUUCAAUGCAGAGGCCUACCAGCUCACAGUUUUUGAGAAAGGCCAUGAGCAAGAUGAGGUCACUGUUGAGCUGUUCCAGCAGCUGAAAGUUAGAGUGAGUUCAGAGGAGAAGAGUGGUGCAAGAGAGAAGGGAAAGAGAAGAGUGCGAAUCGUGGUCUUAUCUGCCUGAUGGGAAGCAUGACGAGACUCUGUAAAUAGGAGGUAAUCUUGGAAAGCAGUGCGGCGGAGGCUUCAUCCUUGGCUGGCUCUUCAUAGUUCAACUAUUCAGUGGCUUUCUCCCAAGAUAUCCUCAAUCAUGGCUGGAAACUACUGCAUGUAGUCAUUGUCUCGGUUCAUUCAAAUCUAUCGCAUAGGCCGACUCGAGCCGUCCGCGAGUAUAGCAACGGCCAAGCCGACAUGGAGCAAGUUGACGAUGGCGCCACCUUUUCAUAUG